AUGGCGCAAAUCCCCGAGAAAGUGCUUGCCUGGUUAUACCGAGUCCUACAUGAGUAUCAAGACCCUCAACGAGCCUACUCAGACGCUGUCCGAACCCUCACCGCAUACCCAACGCUCAGCCCGCGAACCGAAGUCUACAACUACGACAACGGCAGCUCUGCGCUCCUCCUCACGCUAGCAGGAACCCUACCUGUCAAUUUCCGCGGCAGCACCUACAGAUUUCCAAUCCAGCUAUGGGUUCCACAAUCAUACCCACAAGAGCCUCCAAUGGCCUACGUAAUACCUGGCCAGGACAUGGUGAUACGACCCGGACAGCAUGUGAGCGUGGAUGGGAGGGUAUACCACCCGUACCUUGCGGACUGGGGCAGGAUUUGGGAUAGGGCGAGUAUUGCUGAGUUCUUGGAGUAUCUGCAGCAGGCUUUUGCGAAGGAGCCGCCGGUUAUUAGUCGAGCGCAGCAGCAGCAGUAUCAGCGACCUAUCGGGCAGUCGCAACAGCAGCAGCAGCCUGGCGCGAGUCCCGCUCCGCCUUCUUUGCCGCCGAAACAGAGGAUAGGGAGUGCAGCGCCGGUAGAGACGGAAACGCCGCCUCCGAGGCCACCUAAACCAGGUGAGGAGCCUACGGCUGCUUAUCCUGCGCGGACAUCUUCGAGGCAAGCAUCGAAUGGUGGUCCGCCGCUGCCUCCUCUACCUCACGAGCGCCAGCAAAGCGGCCAGUAUGUGACGCCGUCUAGCGGAUAUCAACCUGGAUAUGGCGGUCCUCUGCAACCAGUACCUCCUGCGAUACCUCCAGAUCAGCAUCGGAGUGGAAGGCUCUCUGGUCCGCCGCUCCCGCCAAUACCUGUGCAGCAAGGUCUCCAGCAACCACCACAUCAGCCUCAGCGACCAGGCUAUGAUCCAAGUCCUGUGUCUCCGGUGUCACCUAUCAACGGGUAUUCUGAGCUCGCUCAACCAAGAUCGAUACCGCAACAACAGGUGCCGCCGCAUCAGUAUCGCCAGCCACCAGGCCCACAACUACCCCAACAACAGUACUCCCAGUAUCCUCCCCAGCCGCAAGCAAUGCAUCAUCACCCACAACAUCCGCAACAAUACCCUCCUCAGCAGCCGUACCCCCAGCAAUAUCCGCCACAGCAAAAACCACAACCGAAGAAGCAGCCACCGCCAGACCUCCUUUCGGAUCCCUUUGACAUCGCAUUAUCAGGGCCGUCACCAGGAUCUCAAGCUCCAGCACCACCCAUCCCGCCCAACCCAGAGAAAGAACACCUCCUCCACGCCAUCUCCGCCUCCCUCGUCCAACAAGCACAACAAAAUGUCAACCAAAGCCUCUCCGCCAUGGCUCCUCUCCAAGCCCAACAACAAGCCCUCCGCGCCGCUCAAGACCGCCUCGAAACCGAGAUCCGACAGCUCGACCAACUCGACCAAACUCUCGCAUCGAACGAAUCCAUCCUCCGCCGCGCCAUCCAAGACUGCGACCGCACUAUCUCUACAGCAAAGACCAAGCCGCUCCCGCCUAUUGAUGAUGUCCUGAUCGCGCCUACGAUGGUCGCGAAUCAGCUUUGGACGCUUUGUGCAGAGGAGGCUGCGUGUCGGGAGGCGAUGUACGUGUUGCAGAGGGCUGUGGAUCGGGGGAGGGUGAGUGGGCAUGAUUUUGUGCGGCAGAUGAGAGCGCUGGGGAGGGAGCGCUUUUUGAAGAUGGUGUUGGCGAGGAAGUGUGCUAGGGGGUUGGGGCUGGAGGUUAAGGGGAGGUGA